GCAAUCAAGAGGCAUUAUCAGAGUUCAAGGGCGCGUUCCGGCCAGGCAAAUACACUUAGAGGGUGAAGCAGAGCCUGUGGGGGAUGUGGCUGAGGAGGGAAUGUAGCCUGCGGAGAGUCCUGAGGCCAUUUGGCCCUUGAGGUUCCUCAGCCUUGUGCCUGGAAGACACGGCACGGCCAUCAUCUUCUGACGUACCUCUGUCCCGUCAGCCUCCCUGAAGCCAAAGACUACAAAGUAAGGCGAGGGCCCUUUAACCGCCUGGUUGGUUCCUCCAGGUGCAGCCUAUGGCUCUCCAGGUCUCGUCAACCUGCAUAAGGCUUCAGUGGGCUCUAGCUCCUUGCAGAGACAAUACAUUUCCUGCAGCAGCUGGCAGGGGCACCUUGCAGCUGUCCAAGGCCCUGUACUUGUCUGCUGUCUGCUUGGACUAAGUCGGAUUGGACCCCCCCACACCUGCGUCCCCCUUGGUGGGCCUCAAGCGUCCGUGGAACUGGAUAGUCUGUGUGCAGUGAUGGCCAGCCAGAUGCCUCUAGGAAGCUCACAAGCAGGGCACAAAGGUGAUGGCUCUCUCGAGUUUGCGAUUCAGAGAUGCUACAGCUGCGCUUUACCAAGGGUGGGGUGGCCUUCUUGGCCCUCAAGAGGCUCUUAGUGUGCCCAGCUGCCUUCCAAAGCACCCAACGUGUGGAGUACAAGCCCAUUAAGAAGGUGAUGGUGGCAAACAGAGGGGAAAUUGCGAUCCGGGUCUUCCGAGCGUGCACGGAGCUGGGCAUCCGGACGGUGGCUGUGUAUUCGGAGCAGGACACGGGGCAGAUGCAUCGACAGAAAGCGGAUGAAGCUUACCUCAUUGGCCGGGGGCUUCCCCCAGUCCAGGCGUACCUGCACAUCCCAGAUAUCAUUAAGGUGGCCAAGGAGAACGAAGUGGAUGCUGUCCACCCUGGCUAUGGCUUUCUCUCUGAGCGAUCUGACUUUGCCCAAGCUUGUAUUGAGGCCGGCGUCGGUUUUAUUGGGCCCUCUCCCGAAGUGGUGCGCAAGAUGGGUGACAAGGUAGAGGCCCGCGCCAUUGCCAUCUCCGCAGGGGUGCCUGUGGUUCCUGGGACGGAUGCCCCCAUUUCCUCUCUCAGCGAGGCUCAGGAGUUCUCCAACACUUACGGGUUCCCCAUCAUCUUCAAAGCUGCCUAUGGCGGAGGAGGGCGGGGCAUGAGAGUUGUGCGCAGCUAUGAGGAGCUGGAGGAAAACUACACUCGGGCCUUUUCUGAGGCACUUUCUGCAUUCGGGAACGGGGCUCUGUUUGUGGAGAAGUUUGUGGAGAAACCAAGACACAUUGAAGUCCAGAUUUUGGGUGACAAGUAUGGGAAUGUGGUGCACUUGUAUGAGAGGGACUGCUCUAUCCAGAGGCGGCACCAGAAGGUUGUGGAGAUUGCGCCUGCUGCCCACCUCGACUCCCAGUUGCGCUCCAAACUCACCAACGAUGCAGUCAAGCUGGCAAAACAGGUUGGAUAUGAAAAUGCCGGCACGGUGGAGUUUCUGGUAGACAGGCAAGGCAAGCAUUACUUCAUCGAGGUCAACUCCCGUCUUCAAGUGGAGCACACCGUGACUGAAGAAAUCACAGAUGUGGACCUCGUCCAUGCCCAAAUCCACAUCUCUGAGGGGAAGAGUCUUCCUGAGCUGGGCCUCAAACAGGACAGCGUACGGAUCAACGGGUGUGCCAUCCAGUGCCGUGUGACCACCGAGGACCCUGCUCGCGGGUUUCAGCCUGACACGGGCCGAAUUGAGGUGUUCCGGAGUGGCGAGGGCAUGGGGAUCCGCCUGGACAGCGCCUCUGCCUUCCAGGGGGCCAUCAUCUCCCCACACUAUGACUCCCUCCUGGUGAAAGUAAUUGCUCAUGGCAAAGACCACCCCACAGCAGCUUCCAAGAUGAGCCGGGCCCUGGCGGAGUUUCGAAUCCGUGGUGUCAAGACCAACAUCCCUUUCCUACAGAAUGUGCUUAGCAAUGACCAGUUUCUCCGUGGCACUGUGGACACCCAGUUCAUCGAUGAGAACCCUGACCUUUUCAAUUUGCGACCUGGCCAGAAUCGAGCCCAGAAGCUGCUCCACUACCUGGGCCACGUCAUGGUAAAUGGCCCUACCACACCCAUCCCAGUGAAUGCCCGGCCCUCACCAGUUGACCCAGUUGUCCCUUCUGUUCCUCUGGGUCAGCCACCCACAGGUUUCCGGGAUGUCCUCCUUCGCGAGGGGCCUUCCGGCUUUGCCAAAGCCAUCCGCCACCACCGGGGCUUGCUCUUGAUGGAUACCACCUUCCGUGAUGCUCACCAGUCCCUCCUGGCCACUCGUGUCCGCACCCAUGACCUGAAGAAGAUCUCGCCCUUUGUGGCCCACAACUUCAGCAACCUCUUCAGCAUCGAGAACUGGGGAGGUGCCACCUUUGACGUAGCCAUGCGCUUCCUGUACGAGUGCCCUUGGCACCGGCUUCAGGAACUGCGUGAGCUCAUCCCCAACAUCCCGUUCCAGAUGCUGCUGAGAGGGGCCAAUGCAGUGGGUUACACCAACUAUCCGGACAACUCUGUCUUCAAGUUCUGCCAAGUGGCCAAGGAGAACGGGAUGGACAUCUUCCGAGUCUUUGACUCCCUGAAUUACCUGCCUAACAUGCUUCUGGGGAUGGAGGCGGCUGGGCAGGCAGGAGGUGUGGUGGAGGCUGCCAUCUCCUACACGGGGGAUGUUGCUGACCCCAGUCGGACUAAAUACACUCUGGAGUACUAUGUCAGCCUUGCUGAAGAGCUGGUCAAAGCUGGAACCCACAUCUUGGCCAUCAAGGACAUGGCUGGCGUCCUGAAGCCACAGGCCUCCUCCAUGCUGGUGGGAGCUCUGCGUGAGAGUUUCCCCAAUGUCCCACUGCACAUCCACACCCACGACACUUCAGGCGCCGGCGUGGCCUCCAUGUUGGCUUGCGCUGCCGCAGGGGCCGACAUCGUGGACGUUGCUGUGGAUGCCAUGUCAGGGAUGACCUCCCAGCCAAGCAUGGGUGCCAUGGUGGCAUGUACCCGUGGGACCGAGCACGACACAGGCAUCCAGAUGGAGAAAGUUUUUGACUACAGUGAAUACUGGGAGAUGGCUCGGGGCCUGUAUGCCCCCUUCGACUGCACUGCCACCAUGAAAUCCGGCAAUGCCGAUGUGUAUGAGAACGAGAUCCCCGGGGGUCAGUACACCAACCUGCACUUCCAGGCCCACAGCAUGGGGCUGGGGAACAAGUUUAAGCAGGUGAAGAAGGCCUAUGUAGAAGCCAACAAGCUUCUUGGCGACCUCAUCAAGGUGACACCUUCUUCUAAGAUUGUGGGCGACCUGGCACAGUUCAUGGUUCAGAACAACUUGACGCAGGAGGAAGUGGAGGCUCAGGCAGAUGAGCUCUCCUUUCCACUCUCCGUGGUGGAGUUCCUACAAGGCUACAUCGGCAUUCCCUAUGGGGGCUUCCCAGAGCCCUUCCGCUCCAAAGUGUUGAAAGAUCUGCCCCGCAUCGAGGGCCGCCCGGGGGCCUCACUGCCCCCCACGGACUUUGCAAAGUUGGAGCAGGAGCUUUGCCAACAGCACGAGGAGGAGAUCACGACAGAGGACGUUCUGUCUGCUGCUAUGUACCCCAAGGUCUUCAACGAGUUCAAAGAGUUCACAGCCACCUUUGGGCCUGUCGAAUGCCUCAACACUCGCCUCUUCCUGGAGGGCCCGAAGAUAGCAGAAGAGUUUGAGGUAGAGCUGGAACGCGGGAAGACCCUUCACAUCAAAGCCUUGGCCCUGGGAGACUUAAACCGGGCUGGCCAGAGGGAAGUCUUCUUUGAACUGAAUGGGCAGCUCCGCUCCAUCCUGGUCAAGGACACAAAAGCCAUGAAGGAAAUGCAUUUCCACCCCAAAGCCCUGAAGGAUGUCAAAGGUCAAAUUGGGGCCCCCAUGCCUGGGAAGGUGAUUGACAUCAAAGUGCAGGAAGGGGCCCUUGUUGAGAAGGGGCAGCCGCUCUGUGUCCUGAGCGCUAUGAAAAUGGAGACGGUGGUCAACUCACCCUUGACAGGAACCAUCAAGAAGAUCUAUGUCAAGCCAGAUAUGAGUUUGGAAGGGGAUGACCUUAUCCUGGAGAUUGAGUAGCCCACCCCACUCCAUGAUGUCACAACCGGUCACGCCCCACACAUACACUACCACCGCAAAAAAGAGCUCCUUUCCCUUCCCUCCAUUAUGACCCAGUCUGUAUAACUGAGUCUCCCGGCUUCACAUGUGUGAGGUAUAGGACUCCAUGUCUUCUCCUUCCUCUCCAUCCACAUCUUCUUCUGCAUUCUGAAUUGUUCAGGUGGGGCAGCUCUCAGAAACAAAAGGGGGGAGUGAGUCAUGUGGGUCAGCACCAGCACCAGCUGGUUCCCUUAAGAGGCUGACGAGGAAUCAUUUUGGGUGUUGUUUUUCAGCUGUUCCCUCCAUCUUACUUCAGGAAGGUGGCAGCGAUUUCAGUCUCCCUCUGCCAAAGGGGAGAUCUUAAAAAGAAAUUUGAGAAAAACGGACCUGAGCAGACCUAGUUGCAUAGGAGCCCUCUUCCCAGAUUCCAUGGACCAAUUUGGGUUAGAGGUGGCAACUUUUCCUCACCAUCUCCCUCUCCUGCUGCCCUUCACUGCUCACCUCUCCCUUCCCCACCAAAGAAAUCUUCAGCACAACCUCUUCCACCUCAGGUCCCCAGUUGUCGUUGGACUGCAUCUGCUAUCAUCCGUGGCCAUUGGCUAAGCCAGCUGUGGUUGAUGGGAGUUGUAGUCCAACAACAUUUGGGGACCCAAGUGUGAAGAACAGUGCUUUAGCUGCAUGUCCUUCCUCACCUCCCUCUGCCCCCACAACCCCCUCUAAGAAUCACAAUCUCAGAUUCAGCAUUGCCUUAUGGUUGGGGGGUUGGGUCAGGGUCUUUCCUUCAUUCCUCCUUUCAUCCCUUACCCUUUCAUUUCCCUGACAAAUCAGGGAAUUUCUAUGAAUAGGGUUGCCAUAUUCCAGUCCCACAAAUCCAGGCUCCCGACCCUGCCACGGAUUACGAGAGGGAGCUCCCAGCCCCCCCAACUGCGCAGACCCGCGAUACCCUCCUGCAUGCUCCACUUACCUCUCCCUUGACAUAAAUACUAGUCGCGCUGCGGGCGCAACCCUGCCAUCAACCAAGAUA